CAGUUCGCGAUAGAUUUGCAGCACUGCAAGAACUUUUGUUAUUGUUUUGGUUUAGUUAUUAAAUGAAUUAUUACGAUGGAAACAGAUGCAAAUAUUGCGGAUAUGACAGAUGUUUCGUUUGCGGACUUCGAAACGAAAACCAGCGAUGACAAUGCUAAUUACAAUAGCUAUGGCCAAUGCCAGUCUAAGCAUGACAUGUCUAUGACACUUGACUUGUCGCUGGGCCAAAAGCCUGAGCAGCUCUUCGCAACAGAUCAAACGCCAACACCAACACGUUUGAUCAAAAACUGUGAGGAGGUGGGCUUGUUUGAUGAUCUGCAGCAUGUGAACCCAUUUGACAUAGGAUUCCAGCGGGCCGCCGAACAAAAUGCAGUGGCAGGCAACGCGCCGGAGACACCGAAACGUACCGAAGCGCCAGCAACGGACGGCGAUUCGCUGCACACGCCGCAGGUUUAUCCUCUGGAGACACCAGCAAUCAGUGCUGCAAAUCAAACAAUUAGCCAGAAUAGCAGUCCACUGGACGUGCCAGUUACCCAUGUGGAGGACCUACUGGCAACGCCUGCAAUAGUACCUGAACCACCUGCAGCUCAAGGUCCGCCACCAUUGCAACUAAUACAACCACCUGUGAUCACGUGGGUGCUGCCAGCGCAAACGCUACCCAUUACUACGAUACCUGCCACCAUAAGCAAACCAGUGCCUUCUAAGCAAACAGUGCGACCCUUUAUCUUGCCCAAGCCCAGCAUAGCUGGCCAAACCAAAGCCCCAACUGGGCCUACAACACAGAAUACAGUGCCAGUCAAUGAGCCGAGCAGUGCUAGUCUAACGCCCACGUCACAGCUGCCCAUCAAGGAACGCCUAAAGGCCAUACUCAGCAACAGCCACAACAGUAAUCGGAAGCAACGCAGCUUUUCAUCACCCCCCAAGGCGAAGGCAGCGAUCAAACGCAACGAGGAUUGCAUGGAACGACGUCGAGCAGCUGCCUCACGCUAUCGCGACAAGAUGCGCAAUGCGCAUAGAGAUCUAAAGGAGCACAAUGCCCAGCUGCAGCAACAGAUAAGCAAACUCAACGAACGCGUUGCAGCUUUAGAGCGCGAAUUACAACAACAAUGCAACAAUAAUGCGAGUGGUCUUCGCCGGCGGCCUAUACAGCCCUCGGCUAUGGAGCCGCAGCGUUAUGAGCAGCUCAUGGAGGAUCAUGCCAGACGCCGACUGCAGCAGCAGUUCGAGCAGCAGCUGGAGCUGAUUAAUCAGCAACUGUUGCGUCAGCGGCAAUUGCUUAAGAACGAACAGUAUCGUCGGCAGCAGGAGGAGGCCAAGGUGUUGGCUGAGAUGAAGAACGAUUACGACAGCAACAACAACAACUUGAAUAAUCAAUAUGACCAAUACGACAACGUGGAAGGGGAUGCGGCAUAUGGCAGUCCGCUGGAUACGGUGCCAGAUGUGAUGCGACCGCCCAUGCCCAAUUUCGAUAGCCUGGAUAAUAACUACAAUCGGAUUAUUCCAAGUCAGUCGCGUGGCCGCAUCGCCUUUGCCGUGGGUCCCAAUGAUGCGCGCUUCUUUGAUACGGCCAACGAUUUGUCGGGUGAGCUCGACUCGCGUGCCCUGGACGACUAUGAGGAGUAUGCACCGGCACCGGACGCCGGCUCCGAGGUAGUGACCGCCAAAAGCAAGCCCCAAUCACCUGUGCAGUCCUCGCCGAAGCAGGAGCCACCCAAGCUCCUGGACACGGCCAUCGCCAACUUCCAUCGCAUUAAGCCGCAGUCGGCAGCUGCCGCCGCAGUGGCUGGCGUCAAUCUGCCCCAGACCAAGGAGUCACCCAAUGAGAUAAACGCACUGAUUGAUAAGCUGCAAAAGCAAAGCAAGUCCCCGCAGUCGGCCUACGCAGUCAACACAGGUGAUGCCAAUGAGCAGCUCGUCCUGCGUCAGCAUCUGGGCAUGAAUAGUGAGAUGGGCGUCUACCUUGUGGCCCUCAUUGCGGGUGUCAGUGCGGCGGUAACUGUCGGACUUCUGGCACUGGGCGUUACUUGGUUCCAUAAUCGCAGCAAAGCCGCUGCAGACGUCGAUUAUCCAGCCUAUGGUGUAACCGGACCCAACAAGGAUGUCUCACCGUCGUGCGAUCGCAAGCUGGCGCAGAGCGCUCAAAUGUAUCACUAUCAGCACCAGAAGCAACAGAUCAUAGCCAUGGAGAAUUGUCAGGCGACCGACGGCAGCUGCGGCCUGUCCGACGUGGAGAGCGACGACGACAACGAGGAGGGCGACUAUACCGUCUAUGAAUGUCCCGGCCUGGCGCCAACUGGCGAAAUGGAGGUCAAGAAUCCGCUCUUCCUGGACGAGACGCCGGCCACACCAGUUGCAAGUGUCAAUGCUAAUGCUAACACCAAUGCUAGCAACACAGCUCCCAACAACAACAACAUUACGCAAGCCACGCCCCAACAGCCAGCCACACAGAAGAAGGGAACGGUUAAGCCGAAUAUGAAUCUGUUGAAUGCUGCGGCCAAUGCAGCUGCCGCUGCUGCUGCCAAAGCCUCUGCCAGCGACGAGAAGAAGGAGAAGCGCAAGAGCAAGAAGUAAAUUGUGUGCGAAAGGGACAAGAAACAGUCCGCUUCCCUCUGACUAUUUAUAACUCCCACUCUCUAUCUCUCUUGGCCUGGCUUGGUUAAGUAGAACUGAUCCAUUUUGUCAGCCAACAGUUACACAUGAGACACACCCACACACACACACAUAUAUACACAGGUACGCGUAUGUACAUAACACACACUCACACAAAUACAUACACAGAUACGCGCGCGUUUGUAUAGAUUAUGUAUUCCUAAAGAAAGUCGCUGGAAUUAAAUUCCUCGAGUCAACAACUAGCUUGAACAGCACAAAGAAAUCUCUCUCAACUUCCUUGCCCCCACUUUUGAGUGUAAGUCCUGAACUUAUUAUGUAUAUGCAUUAUGUAUCGUUAUCGUAUCGUAUCAUAAUCGUGUAUUGCUAUGGUGUAAGACAUGCAUAUAAUGUGAGCCCGCCCCCUGACCGCCGCCCCACUCCCUCUGUCCUUGAUAUGCCCCUUUUUUUUGCAAUUGUUAACUGCUGUGUGCAUCGAAGUCGAGUCGAGUCGAGUCGAGUUGAGUUCAGUUGAGUCGAACCGACCGAGUCGAGCUAUUGCGCAGCAUUACCUGCUGUGCGGCUGUCAAUCAAAAGCAGAAUAUAUUGCACAAAUAAUAACACAUUCAUAAUGAAAUGACGAGCCUUCCUCUCCCCACACCCCCGCUCCUUGUGCAUCAUAUGCUACUGAUUCAAUUUAAAUACAAUCCAAACAAUGUGUACUUAUUUAUAUUGUAUUGUAUUUUAACAUUUUAUUGUACUUUAUAUCAACACACUAACAAGAAUCAAUUUUUGAGUAAAAACAAACUAUUUUAAAGUCUGCGUAUUGGCAUUG